UUACGUUUGAAAAUUAUGACGAAUUGUAUGAGUCAAUAAAGAUUAGGAAAACAAAAAAAAACAAAAAACAAAAAAAACAAAAAAACAAAAAAAGAACUUAGAAUUCAAAAAUUCCUAUCUGUCAAACUAUAGAGACAAAGUAUAUAGCUCGAUUUUAUUUUGAACGUUACACUAUCUCAUAUAAUGAUAGAUAUAUUUGAUUAAUUUGAAUGAUGAUGAUAAUAAUAAUAAUAAUAAUAAUAAUAAUAAGAAGAAGAAGAAGAAGAAGAAGAAAGAAAAGAAUAUAUAUUAUAUCUAUAAUCAUUCCUCCAAAUGAAAUUUGUGUUAAAAAAAGAAAAGACUAUAAUCAGAAGAUAUAGUAGAACUCAACUCUUCUGGAAAGAGAACUCUAAUGUAAGUCGGAGGCGUGGCCUCUUGGCAAUGGACUCGUACGAGGAUUGGUGUUCGUUGGUUGGAAAUACUCGCUACGCCUACCCUAAGUCUCUCGUUCGAAGUUCCACAGUGCAGUUUGCCAUGGAACGGAGGAUUCCACUUUGUAUCGGAGUUACCCCACUUGCUUUUUCAGAGAAUUUUUAGGAUCGACGAUGGGAGUGGCCAAUCCUUAGUUACUUGCCUUCCUCGUUGACGACGAGCUUAGUCAGGAUCAGAAAGCCGAUCUGUUCGUAGUAUUCGAGUCGUCGUUCUUACUGAUGUUAGAUCGAAAGAUCCAUCUGGGAAUAUUAGAUAUAUGGAGGUUAUUAUAAAUUAAUUGUACGCAUAGAAAUAAUAGAGGCGCGAAUAGAGAGAGAAAGAGAGAGUGAGAGAGUGUGAGAGAGUGUGUGUGAGAGAGAGAGAGAGAGAGAGAGAGAGAGAGAGAGUGAGUAAGAAGGAAGGGAAACAGGGGAUAGAGAAAAACAAAACAAAAACAAAGAAGAAAGAUAAGAAGGACUGAAAACGUUUCGACGUGUGUUGGAUUAUAACUGGUGUAUUAUUUAGUGUUGUUAUUGAAGGAAACAAUAGCUUUGAAAAGUGACUACCUCGUUAUAUUGAUAUGUUGUGUUUGGUACGUGUGAAGAUAUUUUUUCAUAUCUUUUACAUCUAUCCGUUAUUUUAAAUCCUUCAUGAUAUAUUUUGAAGAAAUUUAAAUAGAGAAAAAUAAACCGACAGAUAGAUAGAUAGAUGGAUAGAUAGAUAAAUAGAUAGAUAGAUAGAUUGAUUGAUUGAUAGAUGGAUGAAUGGAUGGAUGAAUGGAUAGAUAGAUAGAUAGAUAGAUAAAUAGAUUGAUAAAUAAAUAGAUAGAUAGAUAGAGAGAGAGAGAGAGAGAGAGAAAGAGAAAAUCUAAUAAAAAAAAUCAGUGAAGUGAUUUAGUGAAUUCAAGAUUUCGUGGCCGGCGGGCAGAUCCGAAGUAGUCAGUAGUUCGGACUACUUGAAAUGACGGUUACCACUAAUUUCUCGAUGAUGCGACCCUGUUUCACUGGAUACCCAUUUCAAGUUUUCUAAUACUACUUUUUAGAUUUAGGAUCGAUACCAGGACAGGGCCGUGUUAAUCAAUUAGGAGGAGUAUUUAUAAACGGUCGGCCAUUACCAAAUCAUAUUCGAUUAAAGAUUGUUGAAAUGGCUGGUGCUGGUAUAAGACCGUGCGUUAUAUCCAGACAGCUGCGCGUUUCGCAUGGAUGCGUUUCGAAGAUUUUAAAUCGAUAUCAGGAAACCGGAAGUAUAAGGCCAGGAGUUAUUGGCGGUAGUAAGCCAAGAGUUGCUACGCCGGAAGUCGAAGCAAGAAUAGAAGAGUACAGACGCGACAAUCCUGGUAUAUUUUCAUGGGAGAUAAGAGAUCGAUUGAUUAAGGAAGGAAUUUGCGACAGGACUAGUGCACCAAGUGUAUCAGCAAUAUCCAGGCUUCUUCGCGGACGUGAUCCUGAGGAAGAUACCAAGAUCGGUGAAUUUAAAGCCAGUUCAGGUUCUGAUUGUGAGAGCGAGCCAGGUAUUCCAUUGAAAAGAAAACAGCGACGUAGUCGAACGACUUUUACCGCACAUCAAUUGGAUGAAUUAGAACGUGCAUUUGAGAGAACCCAAUAUCCUGAUAUAUAUACGAGAGAAGAGUUAGCACAGAGGACAAAGUUGACGGAGGCAAGGAUCCAAGUUUGGUUUAGCAAUAGACGAGCCAGAUUAAGAAAACAACUGUCUUCUAGUACGUCCGGAGGAUACGUAGGAACCGUCGCUUAUCCUACUGCUUCUUAUGUUCUUCAUCCACCUGCGGCACCGCAUCCACAUGGUGGCGCCGCUGCUGUACCACCGAGUCAUCCUCAUCCACAUCCACAUGGACAGACUCUUCCGGAUGCUGCCUUUUCCUCGAGUCAGGUUCCAGAAAUCUAUUCGUCUCAUCAUGGGAAUGGUAUGUCUCAUCAGUUGACGGGUGAUUCAACGAGAUUACCAUCUUCAACGCCAGGUUAUAGUCUUCCAACGUCGGUGACUUAUCCAAGUACAUUGCUUCCACCUACUUCGUCUAGUACGACGGUUCAUAUGAGUCAUCAAGUAUCCCCAGUAGUACCACCAGCUACAUCAGCGUAUCAACAACCGGCAACCGGUCAUCAGUUACCACCUACACCAAAUUCAUUGGUAUCCAUGAUGGGACCUAAUUCGGGAAAUUCAGCUAAUUCUACGUCCGAUCAAAUAUCUUCUACAGAUUUACCAUUGACAUCAGCUUCUCCUGUUCAACACCAACAGACAAAUCAAGGAAAUGCUUCACCGUCAUCUUGGAACUUACCUAUAUCGACUUCAUCGAGAGUUGGUUUAUCAAGUCCUCCAAGUACCCUACAACAACCGCAUGCUCAUGGCGCUCAUCCUCAUCAAGCUUUUGCCAGUCAUUAUACAGCUCAAACUUUCCAACAGCCACCUAGGCCAGCUCCUCAUCAACCUUUUUACACGCUAAUAGGAGGGGCGGGAGCACAGGGGCGGCGUGAACGAUGAACGAAUUUGAAGAGAAAAAAAAAAAAAAAAAAGAAAAAAAGAAAAAAAAAAGGUAAAGUAAAGUAAAGUAAAAAAUAAAUGAAUAAAUAAUAUUAAUUGAUCGGGAAAGGUUAAAAAAUUUGUGAACCACACAUGAACACGCGUAUGAGCAUAGUGAAAAUAUGUAUAAUAAACAUAUUUUAUGUAAUAUAUGAAAACUUGCAAAUACACAACACGGCUUUGUCGUGAAAGCACACCACCAUCAUCACCACCACCUAUAUAUCUCCCUUCUUCUUCGCUUUCACAAAAUUUCGCUUUUAUUAAUUUAUUUGUUUCUCCAUAACUCUUCAAUCUUACGCGAUACGAACUAAUGAUGCAUUUAUCUU